AUGCCCUCUUGUGGCACUGGGGGAAAUGUCAACCUCUGGACCAAGAAGCCUGUCUUCAAAUCUCGCUUGCUCCAGAAAUGUGUAUUAACAUUGCUGAACAGAGUUGAUAGAGACCGAAGUGGUGUUAUCACUGAAAGUGAGCUUCAGCAGGCUUUAUCCAAUGGAACAUGGACACCCUUCAAUCCAAAGACUGUCAGGUCCAUCAUAGGAAUGUUUGACCGGAAUAAUAGAGGAGGAGUGGAUUUCAAUGAAUUCAUGGGUCUUUGGAAGUACAUAAUUGACUGGCAGAACAUCUUUCGAACUUAUGACCGGGACAACUCUAAUUUCAUCGACAAAAACGAACUUAAACAGGCAUUGUCAGGUUUUG